AGAGACCCUGGCUUCUAACUCUUUAGACAGACAGAGAGACAGAAACAGACAGAGAAAGACAGAGACAGAGACCGACAGAGAGAAAGACAGAGACAGAGAAAGACAGAGAGACAGACAGACAGACAGACAGAGAGAGACAGACAGAGACAGACAGAGAGAGAGAGAGACAGAGAGAGAUAGAGAGAGGAUGGGGUUUGUGUGUGGGUUGUUUCUUCUGCUCACUCUACCUGUGCUGGCUCUGACUGAAGUGGUGACAUCUUUCUCAACAUGUCCUCAGUUUUUUUGGAAAGAUCAAAAUGGAAAGGCUGUCACUCCAACGAUAUUUACACAAGUGACGAAUGGUUAUGAUCAUUACCAGAAGAUCUGUCAGAGAUACAAAAACCUCUAUCAGUUUGCGACUCUUUAUGACACAGCUCACAGGAUCCCGGUGUACUCCGCAUUUAACUUCACAGGCAUUCAGAAGUGCAGCAGAAAGAACAGCUGGCUCAUUGAACCCAGGCUUGACGACAUCAACGGCAGUCCUGAAAUGACCACUGAAAGCAAUGUCAAAAACUUGGGUCAGAAACAAGCAAUCAAUGAUGAUUAUGAUAAAACUGGAUAUGACAAGGGUCACCUGUACCCCGUGUCUCAGGCAGACGAUCAGUGCACAGCGUUUGCCACCUUCACCCUGACCAACGCAGCUCCACAGCACCUGCGCUUCAACAGGGGUGUGUGGAAUCAAAUGGAGAGAGCUGUUCUUAAUUACAUGAAUACAAACUGCCAACUGAAUAAUAAUAUUGCAUACAUCGUGACAGGAACAGUACCGAGCAAUCCAAGCAAACUAAUGAACAAUAGAGUGAACAUACCAAAGUACUUCUGGAAUGCCUUUUGCUGCUUUGACAAAAAUUGUAAAAAGUGGGUGUCAAAGGCUCAUAAAGGUCCGAACGACGACACCGGAACACUCCUGGAACUGAGUCUGAAUAAUCUGGAAGCAGGACUGUCCCAAGAUUAUGGUCAGGCAUUCUCUGUAUUCGGAGGACAAUGCCAAACUGAUAUUAACAAACCUAUCUAUCAUAAACCCUGAAUUCACAUUAAAGAAACCAAAUAAAUCUCCUUCAAUAUGAAAGCAAUGUUCUUUGAAGAGAGUUAUUAGAGGCUUUUAUUGUCAUUGUUUGCUAAUUACAAAAUUACAAACUCAUUUCCUGUUCCUGUUCUUGACUAUAUUUUGUUGUGUGGUGUGUGUGUGGUGGUGGUGGGGGGGGGUAUGAGCCGUAUUCAUAAAACAUUUAUAUGAUGUUAAACUUAUCACCAGUUAUUAAAACAGGAGAAACAAACUCCUGAUAUUUACUAAAUCUAAUUAAAAUCAUCAAAUAGUUGGAAAUCAUUAAAUCUUUAAUUAUCAACCUGAAAAUAUCUGUGUGAUACUUUUCAAAUACUUUGUGUGUUUUAAAUUUAGGCCAUCACCCAUAUGGAAGAAACACAGAUGUCCAAUAUAUCAUUUGCAUAUAUAUAUCAUUACCAUCCUGACUGUAACGCUUUCUGAACAUGGGACAUCCGAGUGUCUGUGCCCAUCUUUUCCCUGACAGACUUAGAAAAGGAACUAAAGAUGUUAUUUGGUUUAUUGUGUUAAAUGUCCACUGCUCUCCAAGAUAUCUACACAUGUAAAAGUCACAACAGUACUCACACCUUACAUAAGCAUGUGUAGCAACAAAUGGGAACGGGGAACACACACAUCCUUUUUAAGCACCCUUUAUUCAAUGUCUCCUGUUAAUGAAAACUGUGACAUUCCUAAGCUUUAUUCCUCGACUAUUAAAAAUGAACCUGCAUUGA